AUGCCGUGCCGCCAGAUUCUGUCACGUGCUAAACCUGCCGUAGGCAGCGAUCUACAGCAGGCUGAUAAACACAAGAAAAAGGGAAAGAAAGUUCCCAAACUGGAUGAAUUGCUGUCUCAACGUGACUUUACUGGGGCAAUAACUUUACUGGAGUUCAAGCGUCAUGCUGGGGAGAGUGAAGAAGACACAGACUUGUGGAUUGGUUACUGUUCAUUUCAUCUGGGUGACUACAAAAAGUCUUUGGAGGUGUUUAAGCAUACAAGUCAACAGGAAGGAUGCAAUCCUGAUGUAUGGGUUAAUUUGGCUUGUGCAUAUUUCUUUCUGGGAAUGUAUAAAGAUGCAGAGGAGGCAGCCAAUAAAGCACCUAAAAGUCGUCUCCAGAAUCGUUUGCUAUUUCACUUGGCUCAUAAGUUUAAUGAUGAAAAAAGACUCAUGGUCUUUCAUCAGAACUUGCAAGACAUCAUUGAAGAUCAGCUGAGCCUUGCAUCUAUCCACUACAUGAGGUCACAUUAUCAGGAGGCAAUAGAUAUAUACAAAAGGAUAUUGCUAGAAAACAGGGAUUUUCUUGCUUUGAAUGUUUACGUGGCUCUUUGUUACUAUAAACUUGAUUACUAUGAUGUGUCACAGGAAGUCCUUGCGGUAUAUUUGCAACAGGUUCCUGACAGCACUAUUGCCCUUAACCUGAAGGCAUGCAAUCAUUUUCGUCUCUACAAUGGGAAAGCAGCUGAAGCAGAACUGAAAAGUUUAAUGGACAGUACUUCAUCUUCAUUUGAAUUUGCCAAGGAGCUGAUUAAGCACAACCUUGUAGUGUUCCGAUCUGGUUAUGGUGCUUUGCAGGUAUUACCACCCCUGGUAGAUGUUAUCCCUGAGGCACGUUUAAACUUGGUGAUUUACUACCUCCGGCAAGAUGAUGUGCAAGAAGCUUUUAACUUGAUUAAAGAACUAGAACCAUCUACUCCACAGGAGUAUAUCCUCAAGGGUGUUGUGAAUGCAGCUCUUGGACAAGAACUGGGCUUGAGAGACCACCUAAAAAAUGCUCAGCAAUUCUUUCAACUUGUUGGUGGCUCGGCCAGUGAGUGUGAUACAAUACCGGGAAGGCAGUGUAUGGCUUCUUGUUUUUUUCUUCUGCGCCAAUUUGAUGACGUCUUGAUAUAUCUUAACUCUAUCAAGAGUUACUUCUACAAUGAUGAUACUUUCAACUUUAACUAUGCUCAAGCCAAAGCUGCAGAUGGAAACUACAAAGAGGCAGAGGAGGUGUUUCUAUUAAUUCAGAGUGAGAAGAUAAAAAAUGAUUAUGUGUACCUGAGCUGGCUUGCCCGAUGUUAUAUCAUGAACAAAAAACCAAGAUUGGCAUGGGAGUUGUAUUUAAAAAUGGAAACAUCAGGGGAGUCAUUUAACCUUCUCCAGCUGAUUGCCAAUGACUGCUAUAAGAUGGGUCAAUUCUAUCAUGCAGCAAAGGCUUUUGAUGUAUUGGAAAGACUAGAUCCCAGUCCUGAAUACUGGGAAGGAAAGCGUGGGGCAUGUGUUGGGAUCUUUCAGAUGAUCUUAGCAGGCCGGGAACCAAAAGAGACACUGACAGAAGUGCUUCACCUGCUGAGAAGUACAGGUAGUACUCAAGUAGAAUAUAUAAUCCGAAUAAUGAAGAAAUGGGGCAAGGAUAACCGUGUUCCGGUAUAACUGACCUGUAUGUAAAAUUCCCAAGAUCCCUGUGAAGAGUAAUAUUCUCUGUAGAAG